GUGGACAUGGGUCUGUGUGCUGUGCUUUUGAUUUGUCUCUCACAGGCAGAGCUGACCAGAGUGUGGGCUCAGGAGCAGAGAGUUACAGUACCUGGAGGAGCUGGCAGAAAUAGGACAAAUCAAAGGAGCUAACACUGAAGAGGCAUCUAAUGCUGCUGAGUGCAAAAUGGUGCAAAAAUGGAGAUGAAUGAAAAAUGGAAUAAUUCAGUCAGGUAAGACUGAUGGAGGUCCUUCAGACAUCCAGAGAAUUAGAAGAGACGAGCAAGAUCUCAGCAGACGCAUUCAGAACAGAACUGGACAAGAGCCGACCAAUAGGCCUUCCAUUGACAUACUCCCUGACAAUAUGACACGAGUGGUGGAGGACUCCCAGAGGUACUACUCCUGGCGCAGUUUUGGUCCUGGUGACAAACACACACAGGAUCUCUGGGUGGAUCUUGAUUCAGUGCAUCAAGGACCUGUCAGAGUGCAUGCUAUCCUAUCCAACACACACCGACAAGCAUCGCGGGUGGCACUAACCUUUGACUUCCUUUUCUAUGGACAUCAAGUGAGACAAAUCACCAUAGCAACUGGAGGGUUUAUUUUCACUGGAGAGAUAACACACCGCAUGCUGACUGCGACGCAGUAUAUUGCUCCACUCAUGGCAAACUUUGACCCCAGUUUUUCCAAAAACUCCACUGUGCGGUAUCUGGACAAUGGUGACAUAUUUGUGGUGCAGUGGGACAACGUGAGGCUGAAAGAUCGAGAGACUGAAGGAGCUUUCACCUUCCAGACUGUUCUUUGUCAUAACGGGACCAUUGUUUUCAGCUACAAAGACGUUCCUUUGCCUGUGGAGAAAAUUAACUCCACUGAGCAUCCAGUGAAAGUGGGACUGUCUGAUGCCUUCAUGGCUCUUUUGUCUUCUCCACAGUCUCCAGAUGCUAAACGACAGACUAUUUAUGAGUACCAUCGGGUGGAGAUUGACACAACAAAAAUUGUCAAUAGCUCAGCAUUUGAGUUCACCCCCUUACCAACCUGCCUACAGCACAAUUCCUGCGAACAAUGUAUCCAGUCCAACCUGACAUCAGGCUGUAGGUGGUGCAAUACUUUACAAAGGUGUUCAACUGGAAUAGACCGAUACAGGCAAGAAUGGCUGGACUACAGUUGCUCUGAGGAGGCAAAAGGCACAUGUGACGAUUAUGCACACAGAGGACCAGAGAGUUCAGUCAUCCCUUUUAAUUCAUCAUCAUCAGUGAAGACUCCUUCCCCUGCAGCUCAACCAGCUAAUCCUGUGACCGAAGAUGACACUAAACUUCUCUUUCACCACCAUGGCAAUGGUGAGGAAGCACCAGAACACACAGCCAUCAUUGCAGGUGUGGUGGCAGCUCUGGUUCUACUGGUGUUCUUGACCCUGUUGGCUGUCUACUACAUUAACACACACCCGACUGUUGCUCCUCCUUUCUACCUCAUGCAGCGUCGCACCAAUAACUAUUGGCCCUCCAUGAAGUUUCGGAAUCAAGGAUGCCAUUCCAGCUAUGCUGAGGUUGAUCUUGGGGGUUACGAAAAAGAGGGGUUCAUUGAGGCAGAGCAGUGCUGAGCAGGCAGGACUUUGUUUAAGGGAUGGACUAAAGAAAAAGUUAUUUCAUAAUUCUUUUCUAGAAUGAUUAUAGGAUCAUGGCCAAACACACAAUGAGAGGCUGUCACUGUUGAAAAAGAUCAUUUGAGAGUUUUGUGAGCUUUUCUCUGUCUCUGACUCCCCACAGUUGGCAGUCCACCUUUCAAAACAUUUCAUGCUGUUGUUUAUAGUAAAGGAAGUUUUAAGUUUAAAGAGGUACUAAUUGUAACAAAGACCAGCAAAUCUGCAAACAACUCUCCAUAAUAAUGAGUAUGUGUUAGCCAAAAUAAUUGCAAGAUAAUGUACAGUGCAAGGUAUCUCUAUAGAGAUAUUUUUUAAAGAUAUUUUGUUAAGAGUGUGUUCAAUGGAUUAAAUUUCCAUAAUACUCUGUUAGCCACAUGGACUUGACAGCACUUUAAUUCAAAUAGCUU